AUGGGCAUGGGUGGAGGUGUAACAUGUCAGCAGUGCGGGCGGAGGGGUCAUACAGCACCACAAUGCAGGGCCCGUAGGCCUCCACGCCAGGGAAAUAACAACGGGAGACCGUCCACGCACGGCAACUUCAUUUCUCGAUCGGUGCGGGCCCCUCACCUAAGUUUACCCAUGGCGGCGCUGUCUCUAAGUACCCAUGAGCGCCCUCUGGUGAAAGCCACUAUUUCUUGCACCAACCUCCUGCCGGAUUUUCAAGGCCCUCGAUCUAUCUUUGUCACUGCCCUCAUAGAUUCCGGCGCCGACGUUACUGUGGUCGCGGAAACAGAAUGGCCAUCCUCGUGGCCCGCGGAGGCCUCGCAGUCUAUUAUGGGGGUUGGAGGGGCGACCCCCUCACGCCGGUCUACCAAUGAGGUACAAGGGGUUGUGAUUAACAGGGAUGGCUCCUUAGAGAAACCGGCGUUGCUUACACCAUUGGUGGCGCGUGUCCCCGGAACUCUUCUGGGGCGGGAUUUCUUGCGACAGAUAGGCAUUCCACAGUAUCCUCUGAACACCUUUAAGGGAUACGUCACUAAUGUUACUGCUUGCGAUAACGAUGCCGAUUUAGCCAGCCAAACAGCAUGCUUGAUAAAGGCUCUAAAUACAACUCUCCCUUGGGACCCCCAAGAAUUGGAUAUUUUAGGGUCCCAGAUGAUCAAGAAUGGAACAACACGUACGUGUGUUACCUUUGGUUCGGUGUGCUAUAAAGAGAACAAUCGCAGUAGAGUCUGUCACAAUUUUGAUGGGAAUUUUAAUGGGACUGGUGGGGCGGAAGCAGAAUUGCGUGACUUCAUAGCAAAAUGGAAAAGUGAUGACCUUCUUAUAAGGCCCUAUGUCAACCAAUCAUGGACGAUGGUAAGUCCAAUAAACGUAGAGAGUUUUUCAAUAAGUCGUAGAUAUUGUGGAUUCACCAGUAACGAGACUCGUUACUAUAGAGGGGACCUUUCUAAUUGGUGUAGUUCAAAAAGGGGAAAAUGGUCAGCGGGGUACAGCAACGGGACAAAAUGUUCCAGCAACACGACGGGUUGCGGUGGUAAUGGGUUUACCUUCGGGAAACAGCCAGAGGUGUUGUGGAACAAUGGGACUGCUAAGGCACUCCCCCCAGGUAUUUUCUUGAUUUGUGGGGACAGGGCUUGGCAAGGCGUCCCGCGUAAUGCCUUGGGAGGGCCCUGUUAUCUAGGACAAUUGACUAUGCUCUCUCCCAACUUUACCACCUGGAUAACAUAUGGGCCGAACAUUACGGGUCACCGCCGUAGCAGGCGCUCGCUGAGUCGUCUCUCGCCUGACUGCGGUGAUGAACUACAGCUAUGGAGCGUGACAGCCCGGAUAUUUGCUUCUUUCUUUGCUCCUGGUAUAGCAGCAGCACAGGCCUUAAAGGAGAUCGAACGAUUGGCAUGUUGGUCGGUUAAGCAAGCGAAUUUAACAUCAUUAAUAUUGAAUGCGAUGCUGGAGGACACGAGCAGCAUCCGGCACGCAGUGUUGCAGAAUCGAGCAGCCAUCGAUUUCUUACUCCUGGCGCAGGGACACGGGUGUCAAGAUGUGGAAGGGAUGUGUUGCUUCAAUCUCAGCGAUCACAGUGAGUCCAUUCACAAGGCGCUCCAAGCCAUGAAGGAACAUACAGAGAAGAUACGGGUGGAAGAUGAUCCCAUAGGGGAUUGGUUUACGCGCACGUUUGGUGAUCUAGGAAGGUGGCUCGCGAAAGGUGUUAAGACGCUACUGUUUGCCUUGCUUGUCAUAGCCUGUCUAUUAGCUAUCAUUCCAUGUAUAAUCAAGUGCUUUCAGGAUUGUCUAUCGAGAACAAUGAAUCAGUUUAUGGAUGAACGCAUAAAAUAUCAUAGAAUUAGGGAGCAGCUGUAGGUUCCGAACGCGAUGUGACGGGAGCUAUCGGCAUAGGGAGGGGGAGAUGUUGUAUGCGUAGCGAGGGAAACGAGGUGUGUUGUAGGCGUAGCGAGGGAAACGAGGUGUGACGCGUGCAGGUUCCUAUGCCACCUGUGUGUUAUGCCACCUGUGUGUGCCAAGUGUAACUUCGUGAUUGGAGGAAACACUUGUAUUUAAACACGUAGCCUAUAGCAAUAAACGCCAUUUGCCUCACUUA